AUGUCGUGCUACUCCGCUUCUGCUUUCACGCAAUCCGCUCCCCAGGUGUCUUCCGACAGCUUCUCCCUCGACGACAACAUCCGUGUCGCAGCAAACACCUGCAAGGGCGUCGAACACCACGUCGCGGAUAUCACUGCGUUAUUAAUCAAAACACUCGGGUGUUCUGUCUCAAACGAACAUGCGGUCUUUGCUGAACGACGCCGCAAGUUCGUUCAAGAACCCCUUCCUGUCUUCAUCUCUACAAUCGUAAAUGAAAUCGCCCAGGACGUCCUUGACAUUGGGGGCGUCAUCGCAGCCGCCCACGUCCUUCUCAUGCAUCUGUACAUUUCCAAUCCUCUCGCAGGCGCCUCAUGGUCAGGCCAUGAGUUGUUCAUAUCUGCAUUCUCCUUCGCAGCUCAGGAACAGCCAGCCUCCCAUGCCGCAGGUUACAUCCAUGAUUAUGUAUUUUGGAGCAAACUCUCCAAGUUCACGGUCGACGAGGUAAUGGAGAUGCAGCUCCGCCUGUCUGCCCAACUUCAGGGACGGGUGUGGGUGUUUAGUGAGGCGAUGGAGCAGGUGAAGCAAUCACCUCUCAUGCAAUUACAAGCGCAAUGGAGGCAGGAGGACGAGGAGAUCAGACUGGAGAAGAGGAAGCAUUCUCUCCGCGGCCGCCUGUUUUUCUGGCGCGAUUGA